AUGACCACGUUUGCUUUCACAGAGAUUUCAGGCAACACAGAUGACAUCCCAUUGGUGCGCUGGCGGCAGCAGUGGCUGGAGAACGGCACUCUGCUCUUCCACAUCCACCACCAGGAUGGGGCUCCCAGCCUGCCUGGUUUUGAGCCCACUGAGGAACCCCAGACCGAGUCGGCCGAGGAGGAGCUGAGGAUCCUGCACAUCUCCGUCAUGGGAGGGAUGAUCGCGCUGCUGCUCUCCAUCCUCUGCUUGGUGAUGAUCCUCUACACCCGGCGGCGGUGGUGCAAGCGGCGCCGUGUACCACAACCUCAGAAAAGUGCCAGCGCCGAGGCUGCCAACGAGAUCCACUACAUCCCCUCGGUGCUGAUCGGGGGGCACGGGCGGGAGAGCCUGCGCAAUGCCCGUGUGCAGGGCCACAACUCCAGCGGCACCCUCAGCAUCCGCGAGACCCCGAUCCUGGAUGGCUACGAGUACGACAUCACCGACUUGCGGCACCACCUCCAGCGUGAAUGUAUGAAUGGCGGUGAGGACUUUGCCAGCCAGGUCACCCGCACCCUCGACUCGCUGCAGGGCUGCAAUGAGAAAUCAAGCAUGGACCUCACGCCAGAUGUUGCCUUCAAUUCUUCCCGCCCAGGAAGCGAUAACGCAAAGCUGUCCCUGAUGAACAAAUACAAGGACAACAUCAUCGCCACCAGCCCUGUGGACUCCAACCACCAGCAGGCCACCCUGCUGUCCCACACCUCCAGCAGCCAACGCAAACGCAUCAACAACAAGGCGCGAGCUGGCUCAGCCUUUCUGAACCCCGAAGGGGACUCGGGGACGGAGGCAGACACUGAUCCCCAGCUGACCUUCUACACAGACCCCUCUCGAAGCCGAAGGCGCAGCCGAGUGGGGUCCCCCCGCAGCCCUGUGAAUAAGACCACUCUGACCCUCAUCAGUGUGACAAGCUGUAUCAUCAGCCUGGUGUGUUCCUCCCACAUGAGCUGCCCCCUUGUUGUCAAGAUCACCCUCCAUGUCCCUGAGCACCUCAUUGCUGAUGGGAGCCGCUUUAUCCUGCUGGAGGGCAGCCAGCUGGACGCCAGCGACUGGCUGAACCCGGCGCAGGUCGUCCUCUUCUCUCAGCAAAACUCCAGUGGCCCCUGGGCCCUGGACCUCUGUGCCCGUCGCCUCCUUGACCCCUGCGAGCAUCAGUGCGACCCUGAGACCGGUGAGUGUCUCUGCUAUGAGGGCUACAUGAAAGACCCUGUCCAUAAGCAUCUCUGCAUCCGGAAUGAGUGGGGGACCAACCAGGGGCCCUGGCCAUACACCAUAUUCCAGCGCGGCUUUGACUUGGUGCUGGGUGAGCAGCCAUCAGAUAAGAUUUUUCGGUUCACCUACACGCUGGGGGAAGGUAUGUGGCUGCCACUGAGCAAGAGCUUUGUCAUCCCUCCGGCUGAGCUGGCCAUCAACCCCUCGGCCAAGUGCAAGACCGACAUGACAGUGAUGGAGGAUGCCGUGGAGGUCAGGGAAGAGCUGAUGACCUCCUCCUCCUUCGACAGCCUGGAGGUUCUCCUUGACUCCUUUGGCCCUGUCCGUGACUGCUCCAGGGACAACGGGGGCUGCAGCAAGAACUUCCGCUGCAUCGCGGAUCGCAAGUUGGACUCAACGGGCUGCGUGUGCCCGACGGGCCUGAGCCCAAUGAAGGAUGGCACGGGUUGCUAUGACCGCCACGUUGGUGUUGAUUGCUCUGAUGGCUUCAAUGGGGGCUGUGAGCAGCUGUGCCUGCAGCAGAUGGUGCCUCUGCCUGAUGACCCUCUCCUCUACAACAUCCUCAUGUUCUGCGGGUGCAUUGAGGACUACAAGCUGGGUACAGACGGGCGGUCAUGCCAGCUCAUCUCAGAGUCGUGCCCUGAUGGUGUGGACUGUGGUGAGCCCCGUGAGCUGCCUAUGAACCAGACGCUCUUUGGGGAGGUCUUCUAUGGCUACAACAACCACUCCAAGGAGGUGGCCCCAGGGCAGGUGCUCAAAGGGACCUUUAGGCAGAACAACUUUGCCAGGGGCCUGGAGCAGCAGUUGCCGGAUGGGCUGGUGGUGGCCACCGUGCCCUUGGAAAACCAGUGCCAAGAGGAGCUCUCAGACCCCACGCCCGACCCUGAAUUCCUCACUGGUGAGUGA